AAACUGAAAAAGGCCAACUUCAAACCAAAAUUGAAGAAUUGGAGCAACAAUUAUCUAAUCAACAAUUUAGUGGAGACGAGCAAAAACUUAAAGAAAGAGAAUUAGAAAUUAUCCGCAAAUUACUGACUGAAAAAGAAACUGAAUUAGCCAAAUUACGUGGCAAUCAACCCACAAACCUCCAACAAACAAAAAAUAAUAAUGGCUUAAAAUGGGCGAUUGGCUUAGGAGUUGCGGCACAAGCAAAAAUUAAGAAAAUAAAAUUAUUAGGAAUUCCAAUGCGAAAAAAAGAAUUACAAAAAUUAGCCCAAAAGGUUCAAUUAGAGAUAAAAGAGGAGGAAUUACAAAAUUAUUUAGACGUUUUUAAGCAUUUAGAAAAAUUAUUGACCGACUUCCAAAAAGUUAAAAUAGAAAAAAAAACCAAGCCUCUGAAAAGAAUUAAUGUCGGCUCUUUAACUUUGCGAGAUUUAGAAAAAUUGAAAAAAGGUUUUUCCCAAUCCCGAAUUAGCCGACAGGACCAGAAAAAGAAUUCUCUAAUUACGGACGACGGCUCG